AUGACUGCUUCUUCUCUACCCUACCAAGAGCCAGACAUCAUCACUGUCCUCAUCCAAGGAGGCUUCCUGCUGGCUCUCAACCUGGUCAAUUCCGCCCUGGACAAGCUGGUCUACUGUGGACUGGUUGGACAGCUGUUCAUUGGUAUUGCCUGGGGCGUGCCGGGGGCGAAUUGGCUAGACCUGAAUGCCCAGUUGGUGAUUCAGAAACUUGGCUACCUAGGAUUGAUACUGCUGGUUUAUGAAGGCGGAUUGUCGACAUCGUUCUCUGUCUUGAAGGCGAACUUUCUGUUCUGCGCCUUGGUGGCUAUCACUGGCAUAGCAGUCCCUAUUGGUCUAUCGUUUGUGUUGUUAAGGCUGGCUGACGCGACUCCUUUGCAGGCCUUUGCUGCCGGAGCAGCUCUCUGCUCUACCAGUCUUGGAACGACGUUCACCAUCCUAUCUACCACCGACCUGGCCAAGACAAGGCUUGGGGUCGUGCUCACCGGAGCAGCAAUGAUGGACGACGUAGUUGGCCUCGUCAUGGUCCAAGUGAUUAUAAAUCUUGGCGGGACAAGUUCAGCAUCGUCAUUCAGUCCCAGAACUGUCAUGAGACCCGUGUUUGUCUCCAUCGGUUUUGCCGCGGGUCUCUUCGCAGUUUGCUGGCUUAUUGUAGGGCCAUUGUUGAGAAAGGGUCUCUCAGCAGCCACACGGUUGCCGCCAGUGUUAAAGUCAUUCAAUGCUGCCUUUUUAGUCCACAGUUGCAUACUGAGCGGGCUGGUAGCUGGCGCAACACAUGCAGGGACUUCCAACCUUUUUGCCGCGUACCUGGCUGGCACGCUGAUAAGUUGGUUCGAUGAGACGUCUGGAAUCGCCUCAGCUAGUCGCCCAUACAGAGCGAAGGUCGCAAGCAACAACCAUGAAGGCUCUGAAAUGACGAAUAUGCAAGGCCCUACCGGCCAGACAGACUUGAUUCCUGGUUCAGCCUGUCAGGAUAUUGAGCGAUCAAGAUUCGCAAAUUUAUCUGAUUCUGAUCGCGACCAGUCAGUGGAAAAGGCUAUAUCGAACGAAGACGCUCCCACUGGUGUUUCUGUCUACGAGCGUUUCUAUAAGGAGCCUGUCAACAGAAUACUCAAACCUUUGUUCUUUGCAUCCAUUGGGUUCUCGAUUCCGAUUACGGAAAUGUUUCGAGGAGACGUCGCAUGGCGUGGUAUCAUAUACACAAUAUUGAUGAUGCUCGGUAAAAUGAUGACCGGCAUCUGGCUGAUUAGGAUCUCCUUCUCAUGUUCAUCGCUUAUUGAUAAGCUGAAAUCCACGCCCAUCAUCAGACUGGCCUUCUGUGCCGCUCAUUGGAAAGAGAAAAGAUCCCAACCCACAGAAGGACCUGGCAGCGGUCUAGAUUCCAGCAGAGGGAAAUUGCAGGACCAACAAGGGCCAUCUAGAACGACGGCGGAGUCGAACAGAUCGCAAGGCUCCCUACAGCGUGCUGCACCAGAGAAUGGCCCUGGCGUCGAGACCGACCGUGCAGUCGCCAGUCUACCUGAGCCUCGCCUACCGGCAAAGCCACGCUCUCUCUAUCCAGCUGCGAUCCUCGGUCUGGCCAUGGUCUGUAGAGGAGAAAUCGGGUUCUUCAUUGCCUCCGUGGCGGACAGCAACGGAGUCUUUGGGCGAUCUGCGCCCGACUAUCAGGAUGGACGAUCUUCUGGAGAAAUAUUUCUCAUUGUUACUUGGGCUAUUACUUUGUGCACCAUGGUCGGCCCCAUCUCCGUUGGAACACUGGUAAAGAGGGUGAAGAAACUUCAGCGCCAGCGCGGCCAGUCCAGUGGCGGUGCCGAUCCUUUGGGAGUAUGGGGCGUGUCGUAA